CGAUAUUUCCUACUUAAGCCGCCCAUUGCAUUGAACCUGAUCCAGAACGCGCUCUCUGCGUUCUCGCCAGCCCUUUCUCUCUUGCUUCGGGUCUUUACUGCUUCAUCAUCGUGUUUGGCUCUCUCCGAGUUAGGUUAUUGGGUUGAAGACUUCAAGAAGCACAAUACGUUUGCUGUAGUUUUCUCUCUAGUAGUCCUGAAUGUCACAUUGUUCAUAAUGUCUAAUUUUUUGAGACUGCGAUCAAAACGAUACAAAUUUCGUUGAGUAUAAUUUCGAGGCCUUCCCACGUGGAGAAUGU